AUGCGUCUCCUGCUGCUUCUUUGUGCCUUGUUGCCUUUGAGUCAACCUGCUGUGCUUCCAGUUGCUGUGGAUGGGGCUGAGAGCCAUGAGGCUCUUCCAGAAGACACCAGAGAAAAUCCUGAGACUGAGGACAUUUUUGCAGAAGAUCAUUUGACUCUUCAUGAAGAGGAACCUGGAAACUGGACAGAUGCAGAAGAACCAACCUUUGAACCUGUGGAUGAGGAAGCUUACCUGAAGGCUCUGAAUGGAACAGUCCAACGUUCAGGAUCCUGUUCUUCUGGCUGGACCCGGGUCAAAGGUCGCUGCUACCACGUCUUUCCAUUCGCUGCCACUUGGCACAGAGCUCAGUCGAACUGCAGGUCCAUACUUGCACACCUUGCAUCAGUCCAUGACUACGAGGUGAAUAAUCAGCUUGUGAGGAUGAUAAUAGCUGCAGGCCGGGGGCGAUCUGCAGUCUGGAUUGGAGGCAAUGACAUACAAUGGGAUGGCCGCUGGCGGGUGGACGGAAGCCUUUUCGCUAUAGAAACUGGUGUCGAUUCGAACCCAACAACUUCUUUGAUCAGGACUGUUUGCAGAUGA